CUUUGCAUUAUUUUUAAGAAAGUUUUAUGUUUUGAUAAUAUUAAGGAUGGAGACUACAUGUGGUCUGCUAGUUUUGACUGUACUGUACGGCUGUGGUCAAGUACAGAAGACUGGAGUUGUAUUGCUGUACUGUCUGGGCACACACAUCCAGUCCGUGCCCUGGUGCUUACCCAGGGGUACAUUGUCAGUGGAGAUUAUAGGGGGUUCAUCAUGAUCUGGGAUAUCAAGGAUGUUUUUACAGAAAUUACCAAAUUCCAGAUCCAACAAAAGAAACAUAAGAAGCAGGAAUCCUCGCUGUUCAGAAUGCGUGGAGGUCGAUUAGUACAAGACAGUGCAGGAAUUGCUGAGGUUCUUCAGCACUCGUCUCUCCUGGAGCAUGAUCAUCACGUGACCUGCCUUCAGGCCAACCCGGCCUACCUUAUCUCAGGGUCAAGGGACAAGACAAUUGUAAUUUACUCUUUUCUUCCUGAUAAAGAAAAAAGAAAAAAGUCCAGAAACGGAAGAACUAGUUACUUUGAUUCAUUGAAUAAAUAUUAAACCAUAGAAUAAUUGUUAACUUUUUAUUAGUAUUCCUCACUAACUCCUCGUUGUUUAACCCCCUAAAAAAACAUAUGUUAAGAAAAAAUGUAAAUAAGA